UUUUUAUAAGUCCAAUUAAAGAAAGGGAAUUUGAAAUAAGAUAUGCAUCGCCCAGUAGAUAUCGACAAUUAAUCUAAAUCUGUUUCUAAAAUUUCUUCUAAGAAUAUCAGUUUUACGUACUUACUAUUGUAUUAUGUACCGUGCCAGUACUUUUUAUAGCCACUCUACAAUAGAAACAAGAAUAAUACCGCUAUUACUAAGCUAAAAAAGGAAAAAUAAGAGCAGAACACAUACUCUUGAAUCAUACCGAGAACUCGAUUUUAUUCAGCACGGAUACGAUUCCUCGUACGCGAUAUUUCCCCUUAAGUAUCUUUCGUUGUGGGAUUUUCGUGCCAAAAUGCUCAUGUUAACGAGAUACGCGAGCUAGUCGUGCGGUAAUUAAAGAUGGAUUGAAAAUUUAAAACACCCUGUGAAACGACAUAACCGUGAAAGAUAAUUGCUCCAAACGUUUCAAGCAUAUUGCUCGAGAGGCGUUGUUCGAAAUUGUACCUUCCUCCUUCUUUUUGCAACAUACGUACUUACCCUGAAUAGCUACGGAUAUCUUCCCGAGGUAUUUGUGCCGAGUUCCUUGCUUCCAGGAAAUUGUUCGAUCGUUCGAUUGAACGAAUCAAGCUUUUAUCUAUCGAUAUCACUUCACCGAGACGUUUUCAGAUUCACGGGAGAGAGAGAGAGAGAGAGAGAAGAAAGGUGGAAAAGAGAAGUCGAGAGUUUUCCAGAACAUUCUGUGUAAGAAAUGUGGAAGAAAAUAAUGGCCUCGUACGAAGAAUAACCUGUGGUCGACGUUAGGCCUGGGCUAAAUCAAUUUGACGGGGUGGGAACACGUGUGGUGGCCAGAAAAGUGACGAUGGACCCGCACGAAGAGCGGCUCGCGACACAGACGUGGUACGUGGUGUCGAUUGUGGACGCGAUCGCGACGAUGCAGUGAUUGAGUAGUGACCGACGGGAGGACGAUGCAUCACUCCGGAGGUACCGGUUACGGGACCGGGCCCCAGGAGCGAGUGCACCAGGCGCCGCGAACUACCGCCCAACCUGACAAGUGUCCCUACGAGACUUACCAGGCGCAGAUACCGGACUGCUGUGCAGCUGCAGCUGCGGUCCAGGAUCCAUAUCCACGGCCGCCCAGCGGAUAUGACGGCAGGUGCUACGAUGAGUGCCAUCGCAGGACUCCAUAUCAGGAGGACACCUAUCCCCAGGAUGUACCUCCGAGCUUCCAUCGACCCCAGUCCAGACUGGGAUACGAGGAACGUCCCCAAUCUCGCGUGGGAUAUACCUCGGAUUCCAGGUGCGCUAGCGGACUCGGGUACGAUGACACGGGAGGUGGCUACCUGGACCAGAGCGAUCCAAGGAUGUAUUGCACCAGCGGUUACUGCAUGGGUGACACCAUGAUGGCCGCGAGCAGAGGCGUCUGCGGCGAGGAGGUUGAACUAGACAUGCGGAGGCACAUCCAGGCAUGUGCCUGCACCUGCAACCACAUGGGCUACGGGAACUACAUGGACUAUCAGACGACGUGCCUAACAGAACUGCCAGACGUGGCACCGUGCAACGGCACAGUGCGACUGCCACCGCCGUGCGAGGAUUCCCCAAGUAGCGGCAGCAGCAAAGACCGCAGGGAAGAGAGUCCUCGCAGAAGAUGCCGAGUAUUGGCGACCAUCUUGAUCCUAGUGAUGGUUCUGCUUCUCGGAGGGCUUUGUCUACCACUUCUUCUACAAUCCGCGCCUGUCACGCAUCAGCAGAGGCUGGACGUGAUCAGGAGGAUCCUCACUGAAGUGCCUCUGAUCGACGGGCACAACGAUUUGCCCUGGAACGUCAGAAAGUUCGUACACAAUCAACUCGGCGAGGUCAAUCUGAGCAGCGAUCUCGGCAGAGUUGAUCCUUGGGCUAGAUCAGACUGGAGUCACACAGACAUUCCUAGAUUACGUGCUGGUCUCGUCGGUGCACAGUUUUGGUCUGCCUACGUUCCAUGCGGUGCAGCACAGUUGAAUGCGGUUCAACUUUCCUUGGAACAGAUCGACGUGAUCCGCCGGCUCGCCGAGAUGAAUGCUCAACAUUUAACUUUGGUUACCUCCGUCAAAGGUCUUAUCGAAGCGCAUCGAGAAGGCAAAAUCGCAAGUCUUAUCGGGGUGGAAGGUGGUCACUCCCUGGGGAAUUCCUUAGGUGUUCUCAGGACAUUUUACGGCCUGGGCGCGAGAUACCUUACCUUAACGCAUGCUUGCGAUACUUCCUGGGCAGUCUGUUCAGUUGGCGAGACGAACAGUACCCAGGAUUCGACACCAGGCCUCAGUGAGUUUGGAAAGGCAGUUGUCAGGGAACUAAACAGACUGGGAAUGCUUGUGGAUCUCUCUCAUGUCUCAACAAGGACUAUGAGGGCGGCCCUGCAGACGACGAGGGCACCGGUGAUUUUCUCUCACAGUGCUGCCAGGGCACUUUGCAAUUCCACUAGAAACGUGCCAGACGACGUGCUUAGAAAUCUGGCUAAAAAUGGCGGUGUAGCAAUGGUUCCGUUUUAUACAUACUUCAUAACGUGCAACAGUACAGCCACCAUAAAAGACGUUAUUGCACACAUCAAUCACAUUCGAAAGGUGGCGGGGAUCGAUCACGUUGGAAUAGGAGCCGGUUUCGACGGGAUAAAUUUCACUCCUACCGGCUUGGAGGAUGUUUCGAGGUAUCCGCAAUUGUUGGCUACUCUGCUGGAGGAUCCAACGUGGACGGAGGAAGACAUUAAAAAGCUAGCUGGCCUCAAUUUAUUGAGGGUAUUCGCUAAGGUCGAGCAGGUGCGCGACGAAUGGCACAGAGCGGCAGUAUUGCCAGUGGAGAAAAUCAGUCCACCUGACAACUCCGCAUGCGUCUACGGAGCGUCUUGAUCUUCUUUGAGGACAUUCACAGCAGGAUUCCUCGAUUUUCUACGAUCGCCGAAGAUUCGACACGUCUCAUGGAACUAUAGGACCCUGUAAACGUGCGGACUGGAUCAGCUGAAAGAUCGUUUUUCCCUGAAAACAUCUUUUUGAGUUCUCCGGGGAACUCGAUCGCGCCUUAUGAAAGAUGAAAAAUUGAACAAGAACGUACGUUCCAUCUGUGAAAAUUGAUAAGAUCGAGACCAUGUGUUGAACGAUCAUCUUCAGGACAAGUUCAAUUUCCUUCCUUAUCUUUUUCUCCUCUCAUUCACACGCCGCGCCGCCAUGAAUUAUGCGAUUGUAUUUUUUUUUUUUGCCAUUUUUGACUAACUUUAUGAACAAACUAUCUUGUUCCUCAUAUUGUUAUCGCACUUCGCUGAAAGAACAUAUCUGUAUAACGUAUAAUGGUUAAUUUGCUGCUAUUUUAAUAGCUGGAUACGUCCGUCCAUACUAUCAAGCAGAUAUAUAAUUAUUGAGAACUUUUUAUUUGUUUCCCUGUAUCGAUUGCAUCUACGGAAAUCAGCUUUUUGAUACACACUGCGCCUGUAUUACCUCCCAAAGGAAUUUUACUGAGAAACCGCGAACAUUUGUUUUAUUUCGUUUAUAAAAGUGUUAACACUGAAACUGUUAAUUUAUAGGAACUGGAAAUUUAUAGGAACAUAAAUAUAUUCAACGGCAAAUUUAUUUAUAGCAUAAACCGUAUUUAUUAGCGUGUUCAUCUACAUAGAAAUAUUAUACAGAAAUCUGAGCUCGUCCUGAAGAUAUUCAUAGAUGAAUACUUAUAAGCGUAAGAAAAAGCGUUCCUGAAUGAAUAGCGUGUAAUGAUGCGGACAAUCGAGGCGGCCAAAAAUGCUUGCUAGGAAGAAUUUCUUUCGAACGAGGAUACUCUUUAAGAAACGUUCCCUCGGUAUUAUCCUGACAGAAAUCCAAUAAAUGUUUUUCGAUACUUCUACCUUGGAAUAAUUAUAUAAGAUCUCAAGCGAUGGAUACUAGGUGGCACGCGUUCAAAUGUCAAUCAGAGAAAAGAUCUAUUAAUCAUGAUUUAACGUUGAAUGAUUUGAUAAAUUUUAUUUUCUAAUUUACAACUGCAUGAUAAUAUCCUUGACAUAGAGGAGCAAUUAGGAUAUAUUCGAUAUAACUACUAUAUAAAAUAGACGAAUCUC